AUGGCAGCGUGGCGUCCCAAGCUCACUGCUCCCAACUCUGCCUCCGUAGCCAGCCGGGCCCGGAGUCUGCCCUUGUGAUGAACGGUUUGAAAGGUCCACAAGCGGGUGAGAGGCGACGCGGUGAUUGCCAGUUGCCCUCGCUUGGUCUCCGAGUGCAGCUGGAUCCAGCCUCAUCUCGGACGUCCCCAUACCCAGCUCCUGAAUCCUCAAACUUCUCUGUCUCUCAAGGUUCGGACUCUGGGGCCCCAACGCUGCGGAGGCGCCACCCGAGAAGGAAUUACCUAGACAAGACAGAUGCUACAAAGGAACCAAAAAACAGACAGAAUGGCAGAUUGCUACUGUUUGAUCCAAAGGAAAACGUGAUGCUUGAACCAAAGGAAGCAAUGUCAGAGAAGAAAGUCUCUUCAAAAAAGAUUGAAAAUAAAGUCUCUUUAAAGAAUACUGAAAAAAGAGUAUCUUCAAAAAAUAUUAAAAAUAAAGAUUUCUUAACAAAUCUACAGUCUGACCAAUGGCCAUCUUCUUUCUUAAAAGAAAGUACAGGUGAAGGGGGCAAAGACACAAUUAUUGCAAAGCAGGAGAAAACUAAUGAACAUUGUGUUCAGAGUAUUGAUAAGUUGUCAGAAUCAACGGAUGCUGAUGGUGAGGAUGAUACCAGUGAUGAAGAUGAUGAAGACAGUAACCCUAAAAAGGAUACUCGUGCCCCAUUAGAAUUGAUGGCAGAAUUCCUGAGAGCAGAAAUGGGCCGAGACUAUCAUCUCGCAAAAAAAUUAUGUCAGAUGAUCAUAAUCUAUGAACCAGAAAAUCCUGAGGCCAAGGAGUUUUUAUCACUUAUUGAAGAAAUGUUGCUGAUGGAGAAAGCUCAGAAUCUCAAGGAAGAUGAGGAAGACAGCGAAGAGGACAGCAGUGGUGAGAGUGAGGGAGAAGGCAGCGAGGACUUAAGUGACGAGAGUUCUGAUGAGUGUGAAGAUGGAUCAUGAAGGUCACUGGGUGGCUUCAGCUUCGUGUAUUUUCAUUAUUGUAUACCAUGCACAUAUAAAGAGGGAGAGCUGCA